AUGGAAGUAUUUUCGUCUUUUUAUCUGCAGGAAGUCGUAGACGCGGACACUUGUGCUCAAACGUCACGGUUGCUAAUGGUUCGAUGUGACUGUGUUGUCAGCAUUCGUCGUUUUCGUUUGAAAUAUUCAGAUUUUACAUUGUAUUUUUACCUACCUAACUUAUUUGAUCUAUCUAUCUAUCUAUAUCUAUCUAUCUAUCUAUCUAUCUAUCUAUCUAUCUAUCGAUCUCAAACUGUUCCUUCUCUCUCUCCCCUUUUCUUUUUCUCUCGAUAUGAAAUGGACAAAUAUAAUAUUUCAGAUUAUCAAGUGUCACCUCCGUGCGCGCAUUCUUUUCUCUCAGGUACGUAUAGGCGAUUUUUUUGUACCAGUAGGGGGUCUUAUACUUAUCUAUGUUAUGAUCUCCUGUGUGUCUUCUUCUUCUUCUUCUUCUUCUUCUUCUUCUUCUUCUUCUUCUUCUUCUUCUUCUCCCUUAUUUGUUGUUUGUUCCUCUUCUUUCUUCUUUUCUUUCUUUUAUGUUUUUUCUUCUUUCUUUCCUUCCUUCUUUAA